CCAGUUUGUAACACAAAAAAGAUGGCUGCAUCCAUAUGUUUAUCAUAACCUAAUUUAAUACGAAGUCAAUAUUCUUGUUAGUUUUUAUUACUUUUUAGUGGAUAGAAUAAUAUUAAGUAAUAUGUGACAUUACUUUUUUUUAAUGCACUUUUUAUUAUUUAUAUAAAAUGCUUCUGUAGUUUCUGCUUGAUUUUUGCUGCAGCAAUUUAUUGAUAACUGACAUUGAUAACUGAUUGAUAUUUCUAUUAGAAAUUAAUAAUGAAAAAAGUGAAUGAGCAAACUGAUUCAUCAAGUUCAGAGGAUGAAACAUCCACAAAUAGUCUGAAAGAAGCGAUCGACCAAGAAUUUUUAAGCAAUGAUCUGUAUAGCGUGAAAAAGAACAAAAUUAUUCCUCAAUCUGAAGAAGUAAAGACAAACAAGUUUGAUGAGAAGUCCUUAAGAAGCUCAAAGCAAGAGGAUCAAUUCACAAACUUUGGUUUUACCGCUACAUUUCAGAGUUUUGUUGCCAAGAAACUAGAUGAAAUUUUAGAGCGAAAUAUAGAAUUUGAAAGCAGUGAAACAAUUGGCUGUUGCGGCAAUCAGAAGCAGAAGAAGAACAAGAAUUCUGGAAUAAAACUUUUAAGUACGUCAAAAAAAUUUUUAAGAAGUGCAGAAGUAACAAAAAAAUAUAUAAAGCACAAGAAACCUAAAGAAAGUAAACAAAUUCUGGAAGACGAGAAGGCUUUAUUGAAAUUUCGAGAGGCUGCUGUUGAUUCAGAACGCAUAUUAAACAAAUCAGAUACAAAAGCUUGGGUCAAUAGACGUCCAGAACCAGAAUUUAAAUAUAAAAGAUUAAAAAAUGGUACUUUAGUCGAGAUAUAAGAUUAUCUUCCUAUUUGCAUUUGUGUGUGUAUAUAUAUAUAAAUAUAAAGAUAAGAUUCUAUUUUCAA